AUGCCUGUCGAGCUUCGCAAGCGCAAGGCCCCCGAGCCUGCUCCGGCUCCGGCGCCCAAGAAGGCCUCGUCCAAGGUAGCCAAGGCGGCCGAGAAGGUCAAGGGCGCCGUCAAGGGCAAAGCCGAGAAGCCCGCCGAAAAGCCUGUUGAAAAGGUUGCCGAGAAGCCCGUCGAGAAGCCCGCCGCCGCCAAUGGCUCUGACAAGAAGGUCAAGGCGGUUAAGGGUGAGACAAUCGACCUCGACGGCUUCGGCGGCGACAUUGAGACCAACGAUGGCGAGAAGACGACCCUAAAGGAGCUCGUCGACAAGAGCAAGGCCGGCGUCGUCCUCUUCACCUACCCGAAAGCCUCGACUCCCGGAUGCACCAAGCAAGCCUGCCUCUUCAGAGACUCGUACGAGCCCCUCACCAAGACGGGUUUCGCCAUCUAUGGCCUGUCUAUGGACUCGCCCAAAGCCAACACCACCUUCAAGGAGAAGCAGAAGCUGCCUUACCCGCUGCUCUGCGACCCCAAGGCGACCUUGAUUGCUGCCAUUGGCCUGAAGAAGCCGCCCAAGAGCACCCAGCGCGGCGUCUUCGUCGUCGACAAGGCCGGCAAGGUCCUCAUCGCUGAGCCCGGUAGCCCCGCGGGCACCGUUGACGUCGUCACGGCGCUGAUUGAGGGCGGCGAUGUCGACGGUGCCGAGGAGGCCGCGACUGAGGCCCCUGCCGCCGAUGCCAAGGAGGAAGAGGAGGCGGCCAAUGGAGAGGUCAAGGCUGAUGAGGAGAAAAAGGAGGAUGCUGCCGAUGAGGCCGAUAAGAAGGAUGAGAAGAAGGACGAGUAA